CAAGACCUUUUAUUAGCUACAGGGUGAGAUUAUGGUGGAUGUGUAGACAAAACCUAAACGAUUUUGAAGUAGGUUGUUUGCAUUCUGCCAAUUACUUGCCCUGCAGUUAAAUGGAGUGCAGUCACUGAAGAACAAAGAGCUGAUCCUUCUAUUUUAGUUAAAGCCUGUGGAUUAAGUAAGAGAUCAGUCUUCCCUCAGAGUUGGCAUUCCAGAAGGGGAAUCUUGCUUUAGGUGACUACUUUUUUAGUAACUCCAAAACCCAGUGGACAUCCUCACCUCUUUGACAGCUCCAUCUGCUCUACAAGUCCUAUCAAAGCAAUCAUACUUUUAUACUGAAAACCAGAUGGGACUGUCAGCUGGUUGUUGGUAUUUUUUCCUUGAUCAGGUUCUUUGUUACAAUUCCUUAACAGGGCUUCAAAACUACAUUCAAAACUGAUGUACUGUGAAACUGAUAAUUUCUGGUAAACAAUUAUUUAAUAUUUAGAUAAAGCAGUGUGUAACAAUAGAGAUGUUCCCCUUCAGAUACAGGUAAUGAUGUAAAUUGAUAGCACUCAGUUGCUUUGGAACCACCAAGGUUUGUGCACUUUUUGUUUUGGAAAAUUGUAGGCAAGCAGAUCAGUAAUGUACUGCAUGCACAAAGGAAACAUUCCAAUCUGGUGAUUAAUUCUAAAAGCCCUGUGUGUUUUCUGCUAUGGUUUUUAAGUAGCUUAAUGUGUCUCUCUCAUUUUAGAAUGGAAAGAGUUUCUUGGUCUUGGAUGAACAGAGGUUCGCAAAAGAGAUUCUUCCCAAAUACUUCAAGCAUAACAACAUGGCAAGCUUUGUCAGACAGCUAAACAUGUGUAAGUUACUGGAAUUUUUGCAUUCUAGCACAGUUCUAAAUCCUCUGUGUAAAAGUUAAUUUCCUUUGAGCCAAUGGCCUUGGGUUCUCUGCAGCUAGGAUACUGUCUUAUCCUCAGAAUUGGUAACAGAUUAGCUGGGAUGGCAUAGUUUGAAUUUCUUAAUGUGGGUUUUGAGGUUUUUCUUUUCUUUUGUUUUUUUUAAAGAUGGUUUCCGUAAAGUCGUCCAUGUUGAUUCUGGAAUUGUCAAACUGGAGCGAGACGGUCCGGUAGAGUUUCGGCAUGCAUAUUUUAGGCAGGGCCGGGAGGACUUGCUGGAACAUAUUAAACGGAAGGUUUCAUCUUCGAGACCUGAAGAAAACAAGAUACGUCAGGAAGAUCUCUCUAAAAUAAUAUGCAGUGCUCAAAAGGUGCAAAUUAAACAAACAACUAUUGAAUCUCAGUUGUCUCUUUUGAAGAGAGAGAAUGAAUCCCUUUGGAGGGAAGUGUCAGAACUGAGAGCAAAACAUUUACAACAGCAGCAAGUUAUUCGAAAGAUUGUACAAUUCAUUGUUACCUUGGUGCAGAAUAACCAACUAGUGAGCCUAAAACGCAAGAGGCCUCUACUUCUGAACACAAAUGGACCUACAAAGUCGAAUGUAUUUCAGAAAAUUGUGAAAGAACCAGCUGACAGUAGCCACCAUGUACCUCUCAACAGAAAUGAGGGCUUAAAACCAAGGGAACAGAUUUCAGAUGACAUUGUUAUUUAUGAUGUCACGGAGGAUGUGGGUGAAGAAGAACAUCCCAUGGCUGAUGAAGAAAAUCUUCCCGUUACACCAGAAACAAGUGAAGACACCACUUCGGAUUCUUCCAACUGUAGCUGUAGCUACCAUUCUCCUGAUAUUGUAAUUGUGGAAGACGAUAAUGAAGAUGAAUAUGCCCCUGUAAUUCAAGGGGAUAAAAGCACUGAAUCAGUUGCUGUCCCAGGUAAUGAUCCAGUCAGCCCUGUCAGUGACAGCCCACUCAUGUCAAGUGCUGUACAGCUGAAUAACCAGUCAACUUUAACUGCAGAAGACCCAGUCUCUGUGAUGGAUUCCAUACUCAAUGAAAAUGGAGUAAUUUCACAGAAUAUAAAUCUUCUUGGAAAAGUUGAACUUCUGGAUUAUCUGGACAGUAUCGACUGCAGUUUAGAGGACUUCCAGGCUAUGUUGUCAGGACGACAGUUCAGCAUAGAUCCAGAUCUCCUGGUUGAUCUUUUUACAAGUUCUGUGCAGAUGAAUCCCACAGAUCAUGAUCAUAUCACUAAUACCAAAACGGAGACAAAGGGAAAAGAAACUAACAAGAAUAAUGCUGGUCCAGUGGCUUCACAAGAAACACAAGGUACUAAGCCCAGAUCAGAUAAGCAGCUGAUACACUACACUGCAUUUCCACUCCUUGCAUUCCUUGACGGGAAUCCAGGCUCUGCUGUUGAGAGUGGGAGCUUCACAGCUGAAGCUCCUUCCACUGCUGAAAAAUCCCUGGAAGGGGACGAGCUCCUGGAGAGCAGUCUGGAUCCCCAGCCCACCCAGAGCAAGCUGGUGCGUCUGGAGCCACUGACGGAGGCAGAGGCGAGCGAAGCCACGCUGUUCUACUUGUGCGAACUCGCCCCUGCACCCAUGGACACAGACAUGUCCUUCUUGGAUAACUGAUGUGAGGGAGGCUCUGUAUAUAGUCAUGAACUAUUUAUUUAGAAUGUUUGGUAUGAGAGUUUUUUUGUAAAUCACUGUUUUAUGUAACCAGAUAUGUGGAAUCUGAAGUACCUUUCCUAUCUUAUAUAAGCAGUUGUUUAGCUUUAUAGUUAGACAAGCCACCAGGCAUAGCUGGCACUGCUGAGCCAGGCUGCUGCUGCACUGCUGUGAACACUUGGUGUUGCACACAUCAGUCAUACUGCAGGUAACCAACUCUUGUCAAUAGUGAGCUUUGGUUAUGGUUUCUUAUCCUUCUUGUCUUACGUAUGCUGACACAAAGUAGUAGUGUAUGGUUAGGGAACACUGACCUUCUGUAUUUUGGGGGUUUUAUUUUUACGUUUUGUUUAACACACAUGAGGCAUUUUGGGGUGGGGGACCAGGACCUGAUGUAGGCUUUUUUUUUCCCUGCUUCAGCUGGGAACAAAGUGCCUGUACCUUGCUAUAUCUUGGUUCUGCCUUACUUUCACUUCAGUGGAAGUGCUCACACAGCACAACCUGGGGAAAAGUUUUUGACAGCUGCCAGGCCCCAUGACUGCAUGAGUACUCGGACCAUCUAUGCUGACAAAAUAAAUGUUACUUAAGUGUGA